GCGCUCCUCUGCCUCCUUCCUGCGGGGUUUACUAGUGCGUAGCGACUGUGGCGGCGGCGGUUACCACCCGAGUCGGGACGGAGCGGAGGCCGGAGGGGCGGAAGAGCAUCCCGGCGUCCCGAUAGCGGGCGGCGUGGCCCGCGGGUCAUGGCCAAGGGAGAGGGCGCCGAGAGCGGUUCCGCGGCGGGGCUGCUGCCCACAAGCAUCCUCCAAGUUGGUGAACGCCCGGCCCAGGUAAAGAAGGAACCGAAGAAGAAACAACAGUUGUCCAUUUGCAAUAAGCUUUGCUAUGCAGUUGGGGGGGCCCCCUACCAGGUGACAGGCUGUGCCCUGGGGUUCUUCCUGCAGAUCUACCUGUUGGAUGUAGCUCAGGUGGACCCUUUCUCUGCCUCCAUCAUCCUCUUUGUGGGCCGAGCUUGGGAUGCCUUCACAGACCCCUUGGUGGGCUUCUGCAUUAGCAAAUCCUCUUGGACCCGUCUGGGCCGCCUUAUGCCAUGGAUUAUCUUCUCCACACCCCUGGCCAUCAUUGCCUACUUCCUCAUAUGGUUCGUGCCUGACUUCCCACAGGGCCAGGCCCUAUGGUACUUGCUUUUCUACUGCCUCUUUCAGACACUGGUCACGUGUUUCCACGUUCCCUACUCAGCUCUCACCAUGUUCAUCAGCACAGAGCAGAGUGAGCGGGAUUCAGCUACUGCCUACCGGAUGACCGUGGAGGUGCUGGGCACAGUGCUGGGCACAGCGAUCCAAGGGCAAAUCGUAGGCCAAGCAGAUAUGCCUUGUCUUGAGGACCCCAAUGGUUCAGCAGUGGCCUCGGAAGGUGCCAAUCGUACACACAGCACCAACUCACUCAGAGAAACGCAAAAUGCAUACCUGCUGGCGGCAGGGGUCAUUGCCUCCAUCUAUGUCAUCUGUGCUGUCAUCCUGGUCCUGGGUGUGAAGGAGCAGAGAGAACCCUAUGAAUCUCAGCAAGCUGAGCCGAUGUCCUUCUUUCGGGGCCUUCGGCUGGUCAUGAGCCAUGGCCCAUAUGUCAGACUUAUUACUGGCUUCCUCUUCACUUCAUUGGCUUUCAUGCUGGUGGAGGGGAACUUCGCCUUGUUUUGCACCUACACCUUGGGCUUCCGCAAUGAAUUCCAGAAUCUGCUCCUGGCCAUCAUGCUCUCGGCUACAUUCACCAUUCCCCUUUGGCAGUGGUUUCUAACUCGGUUUGGCAAGAAGACAGCUGUAUACGUUGGGAUCUCAUCAGCAGUGCCAUUUCUCAUCCUGGUGGCCCUCAUGGAGAGCAACCUGAUUGUCACAUAUGUAGUAGCUGUGGCAGCUGGCAUUAGUGUAGCAGCUGCCUUCUUACUACCCUGGUCCAUGCUGCCCGAUGUCAUUGAUGACUUCCACCUGAAGCAGCCCCACUCCCAUGGAACCGAGCCCAUCUUCUUCUCCUUCUAUGUCUUCUUCACCAAGUUCGCCUCUGGAGUCUCACUGGGCAUCUCUACCCUCAGCCUUGACUUUGCGGGGUACCGGACCCGUGGCUGCUCCCAGCCAGCACCUGUCAGGUUUACAUUGAAGAUGCUGGUGACAAUGGCCCCCAUAGCCCUCAUUCUGCUGGGCCUGCUGCUCUUCAAGCUGUACCCAAUUGACGAGGAGAAGCGGCGGCAGAACAAGAAGGCCCUGCAGGCUCUGAGGGAAGAGGCCAGCAGCUCAGGCUGCUCUGACACAGACUCUACAGAGCUGGCGAGCAUCCUCUAGGAUCUGCUGUGUUGCCUGACGUCACCAAGCACAAGGCCUGGGUCACCAGUCCACAUGAGGAAUCUGGGCCUGCUUGCCUCCUCACUCAAGGUCUCCAGGUGCCAGAAAGGGAGCCAAAGAAGAGAGUAGGCAGCCCAGGACACCUCCUAUACCCACCUUGGGGCAGGCUAUUCAUACAGCCCCUGCCUCUCCUCUCCCUGCUCAAGGGGCCGUGCCCUGGGGCUGCUACUGUGAAUAUGCCAAGGACUGAUGGGGCCUACCCAAAGACACUAAUGUAGAAACAUUUUAUACAAAGACUAAUUAAUAACUUAAUGACUUUGUAUAUAGUAAUGUGUGUGUGUGUGUGCGUAUG